AUGGAUCCUCUGAAAGAAUUGCCAGCGGAGAUUGUGCUUCGCAUACUGGAUGUCUCUCCUGUGUCGACCGUUGCGAGCCUCACCCGCCUCAACCGGUCGUGGCAUUCAUUCAUCGACACUACCCAUCAGGACGCAAUAUACGGCUCGCCGUCGAAGAUUCAGCGGCCUUCCAACAGCCACGACUUUGCCUUUCUCAGCAAGAAGCAGAGUUUCGCGAAAUAUUUCGAUGCGACCGGGUCCUGGAAAGACCUCUGCAAGCGCCAGACUUUGCUUGCGCGGGCAUGGGAGACCGGCGAGCCUGUGACUCGCGAAUCCAUCGUACAAGUAGGCGAAGAUGCGGUGUGGCGAUUUCGACCAGACUUCGAGCGUCGACUCAUCGUAUCAACAAGCCAGCAAGGAGGACUGAACGUCACAUGCAUGGACAGCGGCAGUCUUCUGUGGCGGCUUUCUCGAGACGAGGUGCGGCCAUUCGCCCAUCUCGAAUACCAGGAUGGAACUCUUGUGUUUGACAGCGAGGGAAACUCUCUGCAAGUGUGGAAGACUGGCAUUGAAGGCUUAUCUCGUGGAGAAUAUCGGCGAGUCGCCGUUCUACCGCACGAUUGUCAGACACGAGGGUUUCAACUGUCGUACGACACGUUAUGCGUUGUGUCUAUCGACGGUAAGGGCUUUGUAUACGACGUCAUGGAGGAUCCGCCAAAGCUACGGACGGCAAUUACCAUAGAGCAAGAGGCCGUCGGUCACCUCGACCAGAACGAGGAUGUCGUAAUGUUCUGCAUGGGCAAGAAGGGCUAUCACCUUUAUGACAAGAACACCGGAGCGAAGAUGGGAAUCAUCGAUCCGAAGCUAAACGCUUUCGUCUGCCAUAUCCUCCACCCGCCCUCGGAGGGCAACGAUAUCAUAUUCACCGGCAACGCUCUGGAUGCGUUACCCUCAGCUGAGCCCUUUCCGCCUGGUCGACCGAGCCGGAAUCGCCUCACUCCCAUCGACGUUAUUGGCGGGCCGCUAGUCAGAGACCAAAACGAAGAGUUUCUGACACUCGAAGACGACGAGUGGGGUGCUGCAUUGUUUUCUGGCCCCAUCCUUGUCGGCAUCUCCCGCGGUGGCCGUGUAAUGGUUUGCCAGGACUGGCGACGAUGCCUAAAAGAUCCAAACGAGUUUGCGAAAUUGACGACCAUCAUCGAAUGCGAAGAGUCUGAUGGAUCAAACUGGGACAUGGGCGGCUGGCUCUCCAUCCGGAACAAUCGCGUUAUGUUCGAGGUCCAGGAUCGAGUGUAUGUGGUGGCGUUGCUUGAAGACGGCAACAUCGACACCAUCGAGACAAAGUCGUAUGCUUUUGCUACAAGCUCAGCGAUUCAACUCGCGGUUCCCGUCAGUUUCAUGGCAAUCUAUGAUGACUGUAUCAUGUCAACGUAUACCACGCUGGGCUGGCGACGUCGAGAGACUGAGGUGCAGGGAGCGGGUCCUCAGCAGCCCAAUCGCUUCAGAAUGUUUCCAACGAAGACUAUUCGCAUAGUCAGCUUGGCUCCAAGACUCGAGGACGGGCAGGAACAGGACACUGAUGAAGGCAGAUUGGUAGUACCUGCAGCGGAAGCCGACAGCCAUACCAACAUUCUCCAGAUCAUGGACAUGCUCAGUGGCGACGAGGACGAUGAUUAG